UGAAGAAAGAGGAGACAACCAACUUACUAGUUACAGCAUCAGCGCGCCUCUGGAAAGUCAGCUUGUCAAUUACAGCAGCAAUUCCCCUGAACGAUAACGAAGAGGUAACUUUAGGUGAGAAGCCUGACCACGGAGACCGGGGUGAGAAGGUGAUGAAGCGUACUUCAUGAGCUGUAACCGAAAAACGACUGGCUUUUGGAAAGUUUGAGAACACACAAGGCAGCCAUUGCUGGGAAAAUGCAGGGCCAGAGAGAGAAGACAUUCAUAUUGAUCCUCGUUGCUGCGCUCUCUCACAGGGUGACUCAGGCAAAGGUAAUGGACAUGGUUCCUAAUGCCGUGGAUGACCAGUACACUCACUGUCGGGAGCAGAUGUUGAAGAAGGUUGUGGAAGGGGGUCUGCUGGAAGAAGAACUGAAAGGCAGUAUAGAGUAUAGUUCUGCCUGGCAGGCAAAGCAGUGUACAAAAUUGAUCCCGGGAGGUGUAAAGCAACACACAGAUGCAUUGGUGGCUUAUGGACAUGGGGGAAAUGUGUUCAGAAAGAUUUUCAACCAAGCAGUGGAGACUCAGGGUGGGAAUGUCACUGUCUAUAACGGCAACUUCCGGUUCAAAUCCCUCCACUUCCUUCUAAUGGAUGCCAUGAGGCUUUUGAAGACAGAGAACUGCCAAACUGUGUUUCGUGGCCCAAGCAAAGAGUAUGAGGCACAAAUAGGGUCAGAAGUGCGAUUUGGGAGGUUUACCACAACCAAGGCCAAACGUUCCGACGCGGAGGAAGCUGCUUCAGACAGUGGGAUCCUUUUCAACAUUAUUUCCUGCACUGUAGUCAACAUUGAUGAGUACACUUGCUUUUCAGACAGCAUUGAUCAGCUGAUAUCCCCAGCAGAGGUGUUUAGGGUGGCAGAGGUAAACAAUGUAAGAAAUAAAGAUCACGAGUACAGAGAGAUCGUUUUGACAAGUUCAAGGACUCACAGCAUUGACAGCAUCCACGACUGUUACCUCUUCCCCAGAUCUACAAGUACGAAUCUUCCAUCAAUCAUCCCCAAAGGCUCCUCUACUCAAUGGCUUGGCAGUAGCCUGUCUGUUCUUGUGGUUGUAUCUCUCUCUAUCUCCCUGAUCACCAGGACUGAUCAUCUCUGAUAAACUAAAGUGUUGAAUGAUAAUAGAUGCGGUAAAGAAGUCAAUGGAACGCAGACCGUGGGGGAUAGAAGGACGCACAUUCAACCAAUCUGAUCUAACAAAAUAGAUAUUUGUCAAAUUAUCAUUUUUUAUGUAUUGUAACAUGCCUUCAAUGUGCUUACUAAAGUUUGAUUUGGAUCUGUCUGUUUUCACGGCAUAACAUUUAGAAAUAGUCCCUUUCAGGUUUAGUAGAAGUGACUGCUAAAGGCUAACUCCCAUUCGUAUAGACCGGUAGCAUAGCUAGCAUAGAGAAAUCGAUGGUGGUAGUAAGUCGUUUUUUAACUGUAAUGCAGUUUCUUGGUGAUGAUGACAUCAACAUGUAUUCGGGUUGACAUCCAUACCAGCAUUAUUCUCAGAUUUUUACCUCAACAUAGUGUGAAACACACAAACAAUAGCCUAAAUGUAGGCUAAUUUUGCUGGUGGCCAUUGAGGAGAUUCUGAAUCUUUUCCCCACGACAUCUUUUCCCCCAUGCGUUUCCAUGGCAUUUUCAUUGUUUUGGUUGAGUUCCAAUGACUUCUUCACUGCAUCUAUUGAAAAGGACAAACACACACACACAGACACACACACUUGCAUGUAUGUAAUAUCAGUGCACACAGACACAGAUAUUCAUCAAAUGUGACAAAGCGCCAACCUGUCAAACCCCUCUUAGCAUAAUGAUAUUCUCUUGAAAAAUGUAUUUCUUUGCAUUUUAUUGUUUUUGGGAAAAAAAAUAUCAUGGUGAAUAGAUAAUAUUAGAAAAUACGUUUUAAACAUUGUGGUAUGCAUUUAGCACAUAUUGGUAUCACAACAAUUGACUGUGGGUGGUGUCCAGUUUUCAUAGAUGUAAUUUAAUUUUCCUCUUGUUUUGUUAUCGAAUAAAGAAACAAGUUGAG